UAUAGAAAAGAACACAUGCAGUCUUAACGGGUUUAUAUACCCAGCUAGCCGUGGCAGACAGAACAGAACAGAUCUAAAUGUGAUGUCACCAUCCCCAUCAAGAUCGACCCCGGGUCCAUGACAAGGUAUGAUAUCAGGGGCUCCUCACAGCAAGAGAUAUGAGCACAUCGAUGAUGAAAACAACAACCACCCAAUUUCUAGAACCUUUCACUGGUUCUCGACCUUGCUCGAUGGCAAAUAACAUCCGUCAGGGCAUCCGGCCAGUCCGCACUGACUUGGGCCCAUCCGCAGAUAGGAGUGGGACCGUACCUUGUACUUUGUACCGACGCAUCCUGGUCAUUGUUAUCCACCGGCACCGCUCAACCCCACUCUUUGCCGCGAGACCUGUCAAUCUCACUGGGUCAUCUAUUGGAUUACAUCUUGUUCUCGUCAUAGGAUGGAUGGAUGGAUAGGGUGGAUAACUAGGGUGGCUGACUCAGCGCCCGGAUGCCAGCCCGGCCAAUCAGGGCGCUGCUUUUCUU